CUGAGAUCGUUUUUUUCGAUGAGUGGAUCACUGGCAAUUUCUGCCGCAUUGCCAGCAUCCGGCAAUUCAUCGGCAGCACCCUUUCUCAUUCACCUGUGCAUCUGCCUGAUCGUCGGCAUCGCAAGCCAGGCGCUGUGUGUUGCGAGUGCGGCUGAGUCUAUCAUAGUUCGGGUGCGCUUGCCGACGGGAGAGCUCAAGAGAGUCACCAUGAGGAGAAACGAAAGGCUGCAAUCCAUCAGAAGAAAGGUCAGCGGACAGGACGAACAAGCCCGUUAGGCACCUGCUGUGUGUCGUUUGGUCGUUCAGUUGGGUCUUGACCGAGAUGCCUCUUCGUUCCCGUUUGCAGAGGAUCCCCGCGGCGCCUCCAAGCUCAGCGACAGCGCCAUUCUGCAGAGGCUGAAGAUCCAGAACGGCCAGAUCAUCUACCUCGUCCGACCGCCGUCGACUGAGAAGCCCUCAUUGAUGCCGCCAGCUGAAGCACCAUCAGAGAGGCUGCCUUCUGAGCCACCCGCUGCGAGGCCGACAACCGCCAAGCACGUGCGCGAUGGCUAUAUGCCCUACCCUGAGCUGUCAUCGAGGCGCAGCGGUCGGCUGAGGCGGCGGGCCAGUGGUCGUGUGGGUCAGAUGUCGAUGCAGGACCUGCAGGCGACGAGCAAGAGGCUGCAGGUCAAGGCGCAGACUGAUAAGGUGGUCAAGCAGGUAAGUGAACGGCCGACGGAUGAAGCAGCGGCUGAAUGAUUCAUUGCUUUGUUGCUUCAUUGCUUCGCUGCUUCACUGCUUCGCUCAUUCAUUCACUCAUUCAUUGCGAUCCGUCCCUUGUACGGUGAAUGCAGGUGAGCGUGUCAUCGGGCGGUGCUGAGUGGUUCCUGUCCGGCAUCAGGGCCUUUGCUGCGGCGAGGAACGGCACAGAGACUUCUGUGAGGGGUGCUGCCUUGCUGUACGGCACGGUGGACGCGUCGACCGGCCGCAUCACCGUGGAGGCCGUCACGCAGCCGUCGGCAAUGGCAUGGAGAGAGGGGGAGGAAUGCGACCUCGACCAGGUCGGUGUGUGCCGAGACACUUGAACGGCAGGAUCUAUCUGCGUGUGUGUGGAUGCAGCUCUGGUCGCCCUCAAACAGGGAACUUGACAGUGCUGACAGGUCAGGAGACAACAAGAACCACGCGACGCUCGUGACGCUCUGCUCACUUUUCUCUUCUUUCUUUUCAGGGUCGCCGAGAUGCUCGGUCUUCGGCUGGUGGGCUGGAUCUUUACGAGCCCCGACGAGCAGACACCCGUGGGCAGCACUGAGAUCAUCACCGCCUCGCUGCUGCAGCGGCGGUGCAUGCAGCGACACGGCAGGGAAGAGGGGGAGAUGUUCGUGUCCGUGGCCGCCAUUAGCACAGGCAAUGACGUCGCCCUCGAGGCCUUCCAUAUGAGCAGACAAGCCGUACAGGUGCGCCUGAGCACAAACUCACGAGGCAAUUCACUCACGCGAACAUCCACUUGUGCUGCAUGUCUGAUGUACUGAUGCAGUUGGCGUCGGAUGGUCUGUUUGUGCUGCCCUCGCCGGCCAGCAACGCCUCCCUCAUCGCCACCAGCGAGCCUGUGUCUGUCGAGGGCCGCGAGACAACCGAUCUGGACGUUCUCUUCUGCCUCAUCCCUGUGGCCAUCCAGUCUCACGAGGGCUGGCUGCAGAACAGCUUUCCGUCACCUUUCGUGCCACAGCAGAAUGGAGAGGAGUCGCUGGCGGCCGUGCUGCGUCGUCAUAUGCUGGGUCGGGACGUCAGGCGGCGGCCACUGAGUGCGCGGCUGAGGGACUUCAACCUGCUGCUCUAUGUUGCCAAGUUUGUCAGCAGGUCAGCAGCCACGUCAGAUCUGUGGUGGCUGUGAGGAGAGUGCUCAUUCGAUGCAUGUGUUGGUGUUGUCUGGUUGCAGGGAAGCGGAUUUGCCGGUGUUGUGUCGUGCUGUGCGUGAUGUGCAUGACGGGACGCCCCUGUCGUCACAUUAUGAGAUACUGCUCGAGACCAUAGCCCACACCUGAACUGAGAGAGAGACAGUGUUCCCGGGACUGUGCGGUGUGUGUCUGUGACUACUAUGACUUUUGAGCAUCCAGGCAGCAUUUGAGCGAUGUCUCUCUCUGUGUGGAGCAGAUGUGUACACGAGACACAUUCAUCGAAUGGAGUCACCCAAUUGGCACAGGUCAAACACGAGUAACAUUGCUGGCGUGUUGAUUUGAACCCUAACGAUGCGUCGUGU